CCACAAGCUAGCAGAGAGCAGAUUUAGACUGGACAUUAGGAAGAACUUCUUCCCAGUUCGAGUGGCCAAGGUCUGGAACGGGCUCCCAAGGGAGGUGGUGCUCUCCCCUACCCUGAGGGUCUUCAAGAGGAGGUUAGAUGAGUAUCUAGCUGGGGUCGUCUAGACCCAGCACUCUUUCCUGCCUAUGCAGGGGGUCGGACUUGAUCUAUUGAGGUCCCUUCCGACCCUAGCGUCUAUGAAUCUAUGAAUCUAUGAAUUGCACCCUGGAGAGCACCCGCACACCAGCGGACUCCCCUUGCAGCUUUCUCUUCCUCAGGCUGAAGAGUCCCAGGUCCCUCAGCCUUUCCUCGUAUGUCUUGCCAUGUACAACCCUGAUGGUACAGGUGGCUCUUCUUUGGACUCUCUCAAGCUCGUCCACGUCCUUGUUGAAGUGCGGCGCCCAGGCCUGGACGCGGUGCUCCAGCUGCGGUCUCACCAGUGCGGAGUAGAGCGGACGAAUCACCUCCUUGGCUUCGCUGGAGAUGCAUCAGUGGAUGCACGCCAGGGUACUGUUUGCCCUGCUGACUACAGCAUCGCGUGCCGGCUCAUGUUCACACUGUGGUCAGGUAUUGCCCCAGGUCCCUUCUAUUCGCGGCGCUGGACAGGUUGGUGUUGCCAAGCCCGUAGGUGCGCAGGGAGGGAGUUGAUCGUCUCAGGUUGGAGCACCUCACGUUUCUAAGUGUUGAACUUAAGUGGUUCCGGCCCGCCCAACUUGCCAGCCUGUCUAGGUCCGCCUGUAUCUGCAGCCUGUCUUCAAGCGCGACCGCGCUCCCCCAUAACUCGGUGUCGUGCGUGAGCUUGGCCAGUGACCUCUUCACCCCACGUCCAAAUCGUUAAUACAGAUGUUGAAAAGCGCUGGACCCAGCACCACCCCUGCGGGACACCGCUGCCCACUUCUCACCAGGACGACACAGAUCUGUUCGCUGCGACGCUCUGGGUCCUGCCCCGCAGCCCGUUUCUCACCUCUGACUCUCGGAGUUAAGCCCGCAAUCCUCCGAUGCCGUCGCGAGGACGUGGUGGGGUACCACAGCAAAGGCCUUUUGGAAGUCGAGGCACACGAUGCCAGCCUGCUGUCUCGUGCCCAGGUGGCGAGUUACCUGGUCGCAGAAGGAGGCGAGGUUGGUAAGGCAAGACCUGCCCACGGUGAAGCCGCGCUGGCUGUCGUUCAGGAUCCAGCCUUCUGCAAGCUGAUCGCAGACAGACUCCUCGAUGGACUUUUCUAGGAUUUUCCCCAGGAUGGAAGUCAGGGUAACGGGCCUAUAGUUACCCGGGCCCUCCCUCCUGCCCUGCUUGUGGAUGGGCACAGCACGGGCCCUCUCCCAGCGCUCAGGGACCUCUCCCGAGCGCCACGAGGUGUGGGAGAGUUUCGCCGGGGGCUGCGCAAGGACUUCGGCCAGCUCCUUCAGCGCUCUCGGAUGCAGAUCGUCCGGUCCCGCUGACUUAUAUACGUCCAAGGUUUUUAAUCGGUCAUACACCCGUUCUACAGCAAUAGUAGGAAGGCGAUUCUUUCUACCGUGCUCAUCCUCUACGCUACCUGCCGUGGUUUUCCCCUUGGUCCCGUGAAAGACCGAGAUGAAGUCGUCAUUCAGGAGUUCGGCUUUCUCCUGGGUGCCAGUACCCAGCUCUCCUGAGCUGUUGAGCAAUGGCCUCCACUGCCACUUGUGUCCUCCUGUUCCCUGCGUACCUAAAGAAGGACUUCUCCUUGCCCUCGAUCCCCGUUGCUAAUCCAAGUUCUGUCGCUGCUUCCGCCUUUCUUACCUGCAAACGCGGGCCGUCGUGGAAUAGUCCUUGGGGCCCGUCCCGAGCUUCCAGCGCUUAGGAGCCUUUCUUCUUUCUUCUGAGGACCGUGACUUCCCCGUUUAGCCAAGACGGCUUCCCAGCCCUUCUGCCCCAGCACCAUGAAGCCCAGAUCUGCAUGUGGAAGUACCUGGAUGUUCACUCUAUGGACCUCAUCAACCAGACCCGGACCAUAGAGGAGAUGAGGGGGGUGCUGGCAGAGGUGUUGCAGCUGGAUGGGGGGGCACAGGGCGGGCGAGCCGCCAUCCUGCUGGACCUUUACACCCACGCGCUGUGGUUCGGGCGGGAGCAGGGCUUCACCCCCGAGCAGGCCUCUGCCCUCUUCUCCAUCCUCCAUGACACCCACCAGGCCUGCACCGGAGGGGCGUGGCCAGCGCCGAACCCGUGCCCGGUGCCCGCAGAGACGCCGCUGCCUAACCUGGACGAGUGUCACAGCUACUUCCGCCGUCUGCUGCUCUGCCACUGCGUGCGGCACCCACCGUUCAGCAUUGACCUGUUCAGCCCCUGGCAGGCGGCCGCGGUCGAGGACUACGUGCAGAACACCUAUUUCCACCACUUCAAGCUCUACAAGUUCGCCUUCACACCCCAGGUGCGCCUGGAUUUGACCCUGAGGUACGUGGGGCUGCCCCAGCCAGUGCCCACCCCGGGGGAAGUAGGCCAGGCCGGGGAGGGUGCCCUCACCCCGGAGUUGCAGCAGGAGCCAGAGGAGGAGACCAGCCCCCCAGCUCCCCCUGAAAGCCCCCGGGCCCCGCUGCGGACCUACAUCAAGGAGGAGCUAGGUCGGGCGCUGGGGGCGGCACGGCAGGACCUGCUGGAGCAGAUGCGGGGCAGCGAGCAGCGCUUGGGCGCCCGCCUGGCCCAGCUGGAGCAGGGCCCAGGCCCCCACCCCAGGGGCAGGAAGAAGUGAGGCACGGGUCAGUAAAAACACUUGCCCUCCA